GGGUUGCCGCGGCGGCGCGCGGUACGGCGGGAACAUGGCGCGCGGGGCCGGCGCGCGCGCCUAGCUGGCGGGACCGUUAGCUCGAGGCGGACGCGGCCCGGGCCCCGCGGGGAUGGAGCAGUCGCCGCCGCCGGCUCCCGAGCCAACACCGGGGCCGACCCCGGCACGGAGCCGUAGGCGGCGGGAGCCGGAGUCGCCGCCGGCGCCGGCGCCGAUUCCUCUCUUUGGUGCUAAGACUAUUGGUCGGAGAAGUCCUGAUGGACCAGUGUUGAGCAAAGCUGAAUUUGUUGAGAAAGUUCGUCAGAGUAACCAGGCCUGUCAUGAUGGAGAUUUUCAUACAGCUAUUGUUCUGUACAAUGAAGCCCUGGCUGUUGACCCUCAGAACUGCAUCUUAUACAGCAAUAGAUCUGCAGCCUAUAUGAAAAUCCAGCAGUAUGACAAGGCACUGGAUGAUGCAAUCAAAGCUCGACUUCUCAAUCCCAAAUGGCCAAAGGCAUACUUCCGACAGGGUGUUGCCCUCCAGUACCUCGGACGUCAUGCCGAUGCCCUGGCAGCCUUUGCAUCUGGACUGGCUCAGGACCCCAAGAGUCUCCAGCUUCUGGUGGGGAUGGUAGAAGCGGCCAUGAAAUCUCCCAUGAGAGACUCCCUCGAGCCCACUUAUCAGCAGCUUCAGAAAAUGAAACUGGACAAGAGCCCCUUUGUGGUCGUAUCUGUGGUUGGGCAGGAACUCCUGACAGCUGGCCAUCAUGGCGCCUCUGUGGUUGUCUUAGAAGCUGCUCUCAAGAUUGGCACCUGCAGCCUCAAACUGAGAGGUUCGGUUUUCUCUGCCCUGAGCAGUGCUUACUGGUCUCUUGGAAACACAGAGAAGAGUACUGGAUACAUGCAGCAGGACUUGGAUGUAGCCAAGACCUUAGGUGACCAGACAGGAGAAUGCCGAGCUCAUGGGAAUCUGGGCUCUGCAUUCUUCUCCAAAGGAAAUUAUCGGGAGGCUCUCACUAACCACAGGCACCAGUUGGUGCUCGCCAUGAAACUCAAGGAUCGAGAGGCAGCUUCAUCAGCCCUGAGCAGUCUGGGCCACGUGUACACAGCCAUUGGUGACUACCCCAAUGCACUGGCCAGUCACAAACAGUGUGUUCUUCUUGCCAAGCAAUCCAAAGAUGAGCUUUCGGAGGCCCGAGAACUUGGCAACAUGGGAGCUGUGUAUAUUGCCAUGGGUGACUUUGAGAACGCUGUGCAGUGCCAUGAGCAGCAUCUGAAGAUAGCCAAGGACCUGGGGAACAAGCGAGAAGAGGCCCGGGCCUACAGCAACCUGGGCAGUGCCUAUCACUACAGGAGAAACUUUGACAAGGCCAUGUCUUAUCACAACUACGUGCUAGAGCUGGCACAGGAGUUGAUGGAGAAGGCCAUUGAGAUGCGGGCCUAUGCCGGCCUGGGCCAUGCUGCCAGGUGCAUGCAGGAUUUGGAGAGAGCUAAACAGUACCAUGAGCAGCAGCUGGGCAUUGCUGAAGAUCUCAAGGACCGGGCUGCAGAGGGGCGAGCGUCCUCCAAUCUGGGAAUCAUACACCAGAUGAAAGGCGAUUAUGAUACUGCACUGAAACUCCACAAGACCCACCUGUGCAUCGCCCAGGAGCUGAGUGACUAUGCUGCCCAGGGCCGUGCCUAUGGGAACAUGGGUAAUGCCUACAGUGCUCUGGGCAUGUAUGACCAGGCUGUCAAGUACCACCGGCAGGAGCUGCAGAUCUCCAUGGAAGUGAAUGACCGUGCCUCCCAGGCAUCCACACACGGGAACCUGGCUGUGGCUUACCAGGCCCUGGGUGCCCAUGACCGGGCCCUGCAACAUUAUCAGAACCACCUGAACAUUGCUCGGGAGCUUCGUGACAUCCAGAGCGAGGCCCGGGCCCUCAGCAACCUGGGCAACUUCCACUGCUCUCGGGGGGAGUAUGUCCAGGCCGCCCCCUAUUAUGAACAGUACCUGCGUCUCACUCCUGACCUUCAAGACAUGGAAGGAGAAGGGAAGGUCUGCCACAAUCUCGGCUAUGCCCAUUACUGCCUUGGAAAUUACCAGGAGGCAGUAAAGUACUAUGAGCAGGAUCUGGCGCUGGCCAAAGACCUUCACGACAAAUUGAGCCAGGCGAAAGCUUACUGCAACUUGGGCCUAGCCUUCAAGGCUCUGCUGAACUUCAGCAAAGCUGAAGAGUGUCAAAAGUACCUACUGUCCCUCGCCCAGUCCCUGAAUAAUUCCCAGGCUAAAUUUCGAGCCCUAGGGAACCUGGGUGAUAUAUUCAUCUGUAAAAAAGAUAUAAACGGUGCAAUAAAAUUCUAUGAGCAGCAGCUGGGCUUAGCUCACCACGUAAAGGACAGAAGACUGGAAGCCAGUGCGUAUGCAGCACUGGGCACGGCGUACCGCAUGAUCCAGAAAUACGACAAGGCCUUGGGUUAUCACACGCAAGAACUAGAGGUCUAUCAGGAGCUGAGCGAUUUGUCGGGGGAGUGCAGAGCUCACGGGCACCUGGCUGCUGUCUACAUGGCCCUGGGGAAAUACACAAUGGCGUUCAAGUGUUACGAAGAGCAGCUGGAUCUAGGGCAGAAGCUGAAGGACCCCAGUCUGGAAGCCCAGGUCUAUGGCAACAUGGGCAUCACAAAGAUGAACAUGAAUGUGAUGGAAGAAGCCAUCGGCUACUUCGAGCAGCAGCUGGCCAUGCUGCAGCAGCUAAGUGGAAAUGAGUCUGUGCUCGACAGGGGCCGGGCCUACGGCAACCUGGGAGAUUGCUACGAGGCCCUGGGUGACUAUGAGGAAGCUAUCAAGUACUACGAGCAGUAUCUGUCUGUUGCCCAGAGUCUUAAUCGCAUGCAAGACCAAGCCAAGGCUUACCGGGGGCUAGGAAAUGGACACAGGGCAAUGGGGAGCUUGCAGCAGGCCCUCGUGUGCUUUGAAAAGAGGCUCGUGGUCGCCCAUGAGCUCGGGGAGGCCUUUAAUAAAGCCCAGGCCUAUGGAGAGCUGGGAAGUCUGCACAGCCAAUUAGGGAAUUACGAACAAGCCAUUUCCUGCCUGGAACGCCAACUGAACAUUGCUAGAGAGAUGAAAGAUCGAGCGCUGGAAAGUGACGCGGCCUGUGGCCUCGGUGGCGUUUACCAGCAGAUGGGGGAGUAUGAUACAGCCCUGCAGUACCACCAGCUUGACCUGCAGAUAGCAGAGGAAACCAAUAACCCCACGUGCCAGGGACGAGCCUACGGGAACCUGGGCCUGACAUACGAAUCCCUGGGCACCUUCGAGAGGGCUGUGGUCUAUCAAGAACAGCACUUGAGCAUCGCGGCACAGAUGAACGACCUGGUGGCCAAGACGGUGUCCUAUAGCAGCCUUGGAAGGACCCAUCAUGCCUUGCAGAACUAUUCCCAGGCAGUAAUGUACUUACAGGAAGGUUUAAGGUUAGCUGAGCAACUGGGCCGAAGAGAAGAUGAAGCCAAAAUUCGCCACGGUCUUGGUCUGUCCCUUUGGGCUAGUGGGAAUCUGGAGGAAGCCCAACACCAGCUCUACAGGGCAUCGGCCUUGUUUGAAACAAUCCGACAUGAGGCGCAGCUGAGCACGGACUACAAACUGUCCCUCUUUGACCUGCAGACUUCCUCCUACCAGGCCUUGCAGCGGGUGCUCGUCAGCCUCGGCCAUCAUGAUGAAGCCCUGGCUGUGGCAGAAAGAGGACGGACGAGGGCAUUUGCCGAUCUUCUGGUAGAACGACAGACAGGACAGCAGGACUCCGACCCGUACUCCCCAGUCACCAUUGAUCAGAUCUUAGAGAUGGUUAAUGGCCAGAGGGCACUAGUGCUUUACUAUUCCCUGGCCGCUGGCUACCUGUAUAGCUGGCUGCUUGCUCCUGGGGCAGGAAUUCUGAAGUUUCACGAACACUACCUGGGUGAUAACACAGCGGAAAACUCCGGCGACUUCCAGACUGCCAGUAGUGCGGCCCUUCCAACAGCCACGAGCUCGGCCCUGGAGCAGCACAUCGCCAGUGUGCGGGAGGCCCUGGGGGUGGAGUCUUACUACUCAAGGCCCUGUGCCAGCAGUGAGACAGAGAGCGAAGCCGGAGACCUCACGGACCAGCAGUUUGAAGAGAUGAACAACAAGCUCAACUCGGUUACCGACCCCACUGGCUUUCUGCGGAUGGUUCGCCGCAAUAACCUCUUUAACAGGAGCUGCCAGAGCAUGACGAGCUUGGUCAGCAACACCAUGUCGCCGAUCAAGGACGGGACCUCCUCUCUCCCCCGGAGGCAGAGCUCGUUCGCCAGGCCCCCGCUCCGCGCUCUGUACGACCUGCUCAUAGCGCCCAUGGAAGGGGGCCUGAUGCACUCCAGCGGCCCCGUGGGCCGGCACCGGCAGCUGGUCCUGGUCCUGGAGGGGGAGCUCUACCUCAUCCCCUUCGCCCUCCUGAAGGGAAGCUCCUCCAACGAGUACCUGUACGAGCGCUUCGCCCUCAUCGCCGUGCCGUCCAUCCGCUCCCUCAGCCCGCAGGCCAAGUCUCACCUGAGGAAGAACCCGCCCACGUCCUCCAGCUCCACGUCCAUGGCGGCCGUGGUCGGUAACCCCAAGCUCCCGCCGGCGGUGAUGGACAGGUGGCUGUGGGGGCCGAUGCCGUCGGCUGAGGAGGAAGCCUACAUGGUGUCAGAGCUGCUGGGCUGCCAGCCCCUGGUGGGCAGCGUGGCCACCAAGGAGAGGGUCAUGAGCGCCCUGACCCAGGCCGAGUGCGUCCACUUCGCCACCCACAUCUCUUGGAAACUGUCGGCCUUGGUCCUCACCCCCGGCGCUGACGGCAACCCGGCCGGCGGCAAGAGCUCCUUCGGCCACCCUUACACGAUCCCCGAGUCCCUGCGGGUGCAGGACGAUGCCAGCGACGGGGACAGCAUCUCAGACUGCCCGCCCCUGCAGGAGCUGCUGCUCACGGCCGCCGACGUCCUGGACCUGCGGCUUCCCGUGAAGCUGGUGGUCCUCGGCUCCUCUCAGGAGUCCCACAGCAAGGUCACGGCGGACGGGGUCGUCGCGCUGACGCGGGCCUUCCUGGCUGCCGGCGCGCAGUGUGUCCUCGUGUCCCUGUGGCCCGUGCCUGUGGCCGCUUCCAAGAUGUUUCUCCACGCCCUCUACUCGUCCCUGCUGAACGGCCUGAAAGCCAGCGCUGCCCUGGGGGAGGCCAUGAAGGCGGUGCAGAGCAGCAAGGCCUUCUCGCACCCAUCCAACUGGGCAGGGUUCCUGCUCAUCGGGAGCGACGUUAAGCUCAACAGCCCCUCGUCGCUCAUCGGCCAGGCCCUCACGGAGAUCCUCCAGCACCCGGAGCGCGCACGGGACGCCCUGCGAGUGCUGCUGCACCUGGUGGAGAAGUCCCUGCAGCGCAUCCAGAACGGGCAGCGCAACGCCAUGUACACGUCCCAGCAGAGCGUGGAGAACAAAGUGGGCGGCAUCCCCGGCUGGCAGGCCCUCCUCACCGCCGUGGGCUUCCGGCUGGACCCCCCUGCCAGCGGCCUGCCCGCAGCGGUCUUCUUCCCGACCUCCGACCCGGGCGACCGGCUCCAGCAUUGCAGCAGCACGAUCCAGUCCCUGCUGGGUCUGCCCAACCCUGCCCUCCAAGCCCUCUGCAAGCUCAUCACUGCCUCGGAGACUGGCGAGCAACUCAUCAGCCGGCUCCACCAGGUGCUGGUUCAGCUGCAGGCGGGCGAGAAGGAGCAGGACUUCGCCUCGGCCCCCAUCCAGGUGUCCAUCAGCGUCCAGCUGUGGCGGCUCCCGGGCUGUCAUGAGUUCCUGGCGGCUCUAGGGUUCGAUCUCUGUGAAGUGGGUCAGGAGGAAGUAAUCCUGAAAACUGGGAAACAAGCCAACCGGCGAACCGUGCACUUUGCCCUGCAGUCUCUGCUCGCGCUCUUCGAUUCUACCGAGCUGCCCAAGCGCCUCAGCCUCGACAGCUCGUCCUCCCUGGAGUCUCUGGCCUCGGCCCAGUCCGUCUCCAAUGCCUUGCCCCUGAGCUACCAGCACCCGCCCUUCUCCCCCACCGGUGCGGACAGCAUCGCCUCGGACGCCAUCUCCGUGUACAGCCUGAGCUCCAUCGCCUCCUCCAUGAGCUUCGUCUCCAAGCCCGAGGCGGGGUCGGAAGGCGGGGGCCCCCGCAGCCGGCAGGACUACGACCGGUCCAAGAACGCCUACCCACAGCGGUCCACCCUGCCUCGGGGCCAGCUGUCCCCCCAGACCCGCCCUGCGGGCGGCAAAGAUGAGGAAGAAUACGAGGGCUUCUCCAUCAUCAGCACCGAGCCGUUGGCGGCCUACCCGGAAAACCGGAAGCUGCGCUUCUCGCCCGAUCACAAGCAGUCGCGAGUGGGGACGGCCGGGGGCGUGAAGGUUUCGGUAAGCUCCAAGGGCAGCGUGAGCACACCCAACUCUCCGGUUAAAAUGACUCUGAUUCCCAGCCCCAACUCUCCCUUCCAAAAGGUUGGAAAACUAGCAAGUUCAGACACGGGAGAAUCGGACCAGUCGAGCACAGAAACCGACAGCACCGUGAAAUCCCAAGAAGAGAGCAACCCAAAGCUCGAUCCACAAGAGUUGGCCCAGAAAAUUCUAGAGGAGACGCAAAGUCAUCUCAUCGCGGUAGAGCGGCUGCAGAGGGGCGGCGGCCAGGGCAGCAAGAACAGUCACCCGGAGGACGGCAGCGGCCCCGGGCCCAACGGCGGGGCCGUCUUCAGGGCGUCAGAGACCAGCGCGUUCAGCAGGCCUCCCCUCUCGCACCCCAAGGGUCAGCCGUCACCGGUCGCUGCUAAACCAAAGCCCCCAGCCAGAAGCUCGUCCCUCCCCAAGGUGAGCUCAGGGUACAGCAGCCCCACCAGCUCGGAGGCGUCCGUCAAAGACAGCCCGAGCCAGCACGGGGGUCGGCCGUCGCCCGGCGCGGACUCCCACACCUCCCUCCCCGACCAGCCUCUCUUUAAACUCAAGUACCCCAGCUCUCCUUACAGCGCUCACAUUUCCAAGUCGCCGAGGAACGUGUCCCCCAGCUCCGGCCAUCAGUCUCCUGCCGGGAGCGCGCCGUCCCCGGCCCUCUCCUACUCUUCGGCCGGUUCUGCCCGCUCCAGUCCCGCCGACGCCCCCGACAUAGACAAACUGAAGAUGGCAGCCAUCGACGAGAAGGUGCAGGCCGUGCACAACCUGAAGAUGUUCUGGCAGAGCGCACCCCAGCAUUCCGCGGGACCAGUGAAAAUAUUCCGGGGCCCCCCUGGGACGAUGACUUCCAAAAGAGACGUCCUCAGUCUCCUAAAUUUGUCUCCUCGGCACAACAAGAAGGAGGAAGGAGUGGACAAGCUGGAGCUUAAGGAACUGUCCAUGCAGCAGCCUGGAGAAACGCCACAAAAGGCGCCUCCCAACGGCCACUGGCGCACGGAGACCACGGCACUGGGCACGCUGCCCCUGCCCGCCGGCCCGCCCGCACCGGCUCCCGCCCGCCCUUUCAGACUUCCCUCUGGCAACGGCUACAAGUUUCUGUCCCCGGGGAGAUUCUUCCCCUCCUCCAAAUGCUAGAGCGCGUCUCACAGCCGCGGGCUCGGGCUGCAGCAGCCGCGGAGACAGGCGCACGCUCACGGGCCCACGCCCGCACUCUGAGCGCGGGGGCCCCACCAGCCACGUCUCGUUGGGUGCUCCCUCGGGGCGUGGGCCGCCGCCGCACCCCCCGCGCCCCCAUCCACGCGGCCGGCGGCCAUCCUGGGCCAGAGCCACCACAAGCCAGAACUUCCGUGGUGUCGGUACCGGAGGCUCAUGGAAUCUUCUACAUGCUUCACCCAAUGUUUACCUUGAACUCCCUGCUUCUCAUCUCUGAUGUGACUCUUCAACAGGAUUUUUUUUACAAAACGGUCAUGGUUCCGGGUGGGGAGAGGAAAGGGAGCACAUAUUUUGCUAAGAGGCAUAUAUGCAGUACCUUUUAUACACAAAUACAAAUAGAGCUUUUUUUUAAGGCUUUCAGGUGCUGGUUGGGGGAGGGAUAUAUAAAAUCUAAGUUGAAUUCUACAUGAAAGUGUGGUAUUAGCCAAAAACAGAAUGGUUUUUAAAAUGCCAAUGAUUUGUAAUUAAACUGUAGCAAUUCUGAUCGAGUGAUCGCGUAACAUCACAGUAGCAAUGCAAUAAACUCACUGUCCAACAGCACUUCCGUCCUGAACUCCACAAACGUCCUUGGGGCCCCACUGUCAACCAAACUUGAAUUUUCUAAAAAAUUUUAUGUAACUCUCUUCUCCAGGCAUUUUAGAACUAUGCAAUUGUGAUUUAAAAUGCAACUUUGUGCUUUGAAAACAUUAUUGACCUUUUUUGUACGUGGAUAAACAACUUGGUUUUAUUACCGAUAGUACUUUGCAUUUAUAGCUGUUAUUUUUAAAAAGCUCAAAUUUUUUAAAAUGUCAAAUUUUGAAUAGUCAUCAGUGAGUAAUUAUCAAGUUUGCGGGGGAGGGGGGAGGUUGAAAUUAUUCAGUUUCCUUGUAAGCAAAAAAAAAAAAAAAAAAAAAAAAAAAAAAAAAAGCUAACUA